AUCAGUUGGAAAUGAAAUUCUUCUCUCCUUCUUCUUCCUCUUCUUCAACCUUCACUCUAUUCCAAAACCCUAACCCUUCUGCAAAACUACUUUACCAUUUCAACGUCCCAGUAAAGGCACUCUUCCACUACUCGCCUUCACGGCAGCUCCUGCCCGCCACCGUUUGCUCUCAGCCACCAUCUUCCACGCCGCUUCUCCAAGAGAAGCAGCACCCCUCCAAGGCGCCACCGCCGGAAGAAGAAAAAAGCCCCAGAAAUGGAGAUGAUGAGAAGUUCAGGACCGAAAAGGAGUCUUUGGAGGAGUUACUGGUGGUCCGGCGGCCGGUUAAGGAGUAUUCCGUGGAAUUAGAUGGAGGUGGGGAGGUGGAUUCAUCGGCCUCGCCCUCGAUCAUAGACGCGGGGCUCUCGGAGUUCGCAAAGAAGAUGCCGAUCUUUGAGCCGGAGAGGGUGGAAUCGAGCUCUCCCGGUGAGAUGAAGCCGCUUGCGGUGAAUUUGGACUUAGCUUUAUACCGAGCUAAGGUGUUGGCGAGGAACUUUCAGUACAGUGAAGCAGAGAAAAUUCUUGAGAAGUGUAUAAAUAUUUGGCCGGAGGAUGGGAGGCCAUAUGUGGCGUUGGGGAAGAUACUGAGCAAGCAAUCAAAGAGAGCCGAAGCAAGAGCCGUGUAUGAGAAGGGCUGCCAGGCAACACAAGGCGAAAAUCCCUACAUUUGGCAGGUUUACCUGGACUCAUUCCUUGAACAGUGCUGGGCUGUUCUCGAAACUAAGAUUGGAAAUAUAAGGAGAGCUAGAGAAUUAUUUGAUGCCGCCACAGUUGCUGAUAAGAGACAUAUUGCAGCCUGGCACGGAUGGGCAGUCUUGGAGCUGAAACAGGGCAAUAUAAAGAAGGCAAGAAGCCUCCUUCGUAAAGGUCUCAAAUACUGUGGUGGAAACGAGUAUGUAUACCAGACACUUGCAUUACUUGAAGCUCGAGCCAAGCGUUACGAGCAGGCCAGGUAUUUGUUCAGGCAGGCUACCAAAUGUAAUCCCAAAAGCUGUGCCAGCUGGCUUGCAUGGGCACAGCUAGAGAUGCAACUGGAAAAUAACAGUGCUGCUCGGCAACUUUUUGAGAAAGCAGUCGAGGCCAGCCCCAAAAACAGGUUCGCGUGGCAUGUAUGGGGAGUUUUUGAAGCGAAUAGGGGGAACAUUGAGUUGGGAAGGAAACUUCUGAAGAUAGGGCAUGCAGUGAAUCCUAGGGAUCCUGUUCUACCCCAAUCUCUUGCAUUGUUAGAAUAUAGAUACUCUACUGCAAAUGUCGCACGGCUACUGUUCAGGAAAGCGUCUGAAUUGGACCCGAGGCACCAGCCAGUGUGGAUUGCUUGGGGUUGGAUGGAAUGGAAAGAAGGAAACUUAGCUACAGCGAGGGAGAUGUACCAAAGGGCAUUAUCUAUUGAUUCCACCAGUGAAAGCGCUGCCCGCUGCCUCCAGGCCUGGGGCGUUCUAGAGCAGAGAGUGGGCAACCUAUCGGCUGCUCGGAGACUGUUUAGAUCGUCUCUGAACAUAAAUUCUCAAAGCUAUGUUACGUGGAUGACAUGGGCAUCGUUAGAGGAGGAUCAAGGUAAUUCUGUGCGUGCUGAGGAGAUCCGCAACCUCUACUUCCAGCAGCGUACAGAAGUUGUGGAUGAUGCUUCAUGGGUGAUGGGAUUCCUAGACAUCAUCGAUCCAGCAAUCGAUAGCAUAAAGCGAUUCUUGAGCUUCGAUGAUGAGAACUCGUUUUACAAGUCCAAGGAUCCUUCCAGAGCCGGGUUGUCAGGAGAUGAAUCAGCCGUGUCUUCCUCUGAUUACAUUAACAGUGACAAUGUGGAGAGCGAAACUGGCUUUGAUUUAGACACUUUCAUUCGCGAGAAGCUGUCGCUGGACCCCGGUGACCUGGAGAUUCAAUUUGGAACAUCCCAAAAGCCAUUCCAAAGGCGAUCACAGACAAGGAGCAGGGCAUGGCGGCUGGAGCACGGAACUCCCUCGCCCAUUAAGUUAUGAAUUAAAUCAUUCUGCUUGUGAUUCAAGGCAACUGAUCUGAGUGUACGGAGUAAAUUUGUAACUUUACCAACCAUUUUACUAGUUGCAGGAUUUGUACAACUACAUUGUAAAAAUAUGCACUCGCAACUGCGUUGCAAUUGGGACACCAAAUCAGUGUACUAGAAUUAGAAUUCAAAACGUUAGCUCACGUGGCUAAAUGUAUUUUUCCAGAAAUACAUAAUGCAACAAGAUGUAUGUAUGUUCCGGUUCUCUUCC